AUGUGGCAUGCAUUGGCGGUGAAGCUUGCCACGGGCAUGCAUGCCAACAUCCGUUCGGAGCAGGCAUGGCGUCCCGCCACACCGCUGUUGAAUCCGAACAGUGGCGUGGUCUCUCUUGCGCUCUCCACGAUGAUCUGGCCAUGGAUGCCGACCCUUUGUGUCUGCCUCGUUCUGUUACUGAUCUAUCUGACUAUAGCACUGCGCGUACGGAGCGCUUGCGCUCAAUUGGCCGCAUACCUGAUUUCCGUCUCUCCGCCUACCCUGCGAUACCUCAACUUCCUGGAUGUCGAUUCCCUCUCGGCGCGCAGCGUCUCCCGAACCGCAUCAGCCCCUGGCGCAGUCAACUCUUCCCGCCUCAUUCGCGUCCUAGAAGACAGACACCAGUCUGAAGUAUCGCAUCUCCAACGGGCUUUGACGAAUCUAUCCGAACUUCUGGACGAGUCCCGCGAGCGCGAAACCCGCCAGAAGCGACGUGUACAACGAAAGGUUGGACAGGAACGCAAGCUCACGACAGUACUGGGCGAGCAGCUUACCGUUGCGCAUGCGUCAACCGCGCAGGCGCGGCACAGGGUUCUGGAGAUGAAUCAACUGUGUACCAGGGUACAGAGCGCCAACGCGCGGUUGAAGGCCGAGAACGAUGAACUGCGCCAGGUGGGAGGGGAGGUGCUGGACGACAAUGAGCGCCUAUUGGCUGAUCUAGAUCUGACCCGGCGGGAGGCUGAGCGCUACCGCGGAGAGAUCUCCCGUCUGCAAACUGCACUCGACGAGCAGGAAGCAUCAGCGCGAAGUACGGUGACCUCGCUGAGAGACCAGCUUGACAGGGUCAAAGGAUCGUUCGCAUUGUUGGAAGAGAUUGUCGACGACGCUCGCGCGGAACUAUUCGAGUGCAGAAAUGAACUGGACCACCUCAAGUCACGGCUUGCACACUUGCCUGAGGCGUGCGAUGACGACGUUUCCGAUCUGGAGCUCGAGAGGACCCUCUUCGACGCUGAUGUUUCAAGCGAGACAGGCGUGUCGAGCAGCGCUAGCGAUGAGAGCCACACCAAAGCAGCGAAACAUGGGCCAAUCAGCAGCCCAGCGCAUACGCAUGGAUCGAUCACACUUAAUGGCUCGACUAAGAGUCCCGACAAGUUCAAGUUACGGUUGGCGCUUGAAGACUUACGCUCCAUCCUCCCUUCCACGUUGACCGUCCGUGUCGUUGCGACUCCCCCAACCUCAUCUUCUUCCUUAGCCGCCCUCGAUCUCGCAUACCGCCGUGCCGCCGACCAACUCUCCUACGAAGACCUUCUGACCCUCGACUUCCCCUCAUUCUCGACUGUGUCUUCUUUCGACAGCGACACAUGCGAUAUCACUCCCUCGUUUCCAACUGUGUCUCUACCGAAGUCUUUCGCGGACGACCUUCUCCCGCUCAGUAGUCUCGCAUCCGAAGAGUCGCAACCAUCAUCCUCAACCUCCGCACCUUCGCUUACCCUCUUCGCGGACUCAGACAAACUAGCGCUUGAUCCAUUCGACGCGAACCCGAUGUUGGCUAUACCUACUUUUCGUCUGACCCAUUCCGCGCCACCGUCUCCGCGGAGGUUGACGCGAUAUGCACAAGAUCUAGAGGAUCUCUGCCUGCAUAGGUCCACGUCGAUGCCUCGGGCAGUCGAUGAGUUGGCGCUCGUCCCACUUCCCCGGGUACAAGAGAAGCUUAUGGACGUUGCAAUGCCUCACGCACCGAAGCUGACAUCGUCGAAGUUAAUCUACACUCAUGCACGCGCCUCUACCGCGCCACUCGCGUCGUGCUCGUCUUCAUCUUCGACUACAUCUCUACCACUCUUCGCCUCUAUUCCUGCGACACCCCCGCCGGAAGACCCUUUUGCACUGGACCCAAUGCUUGCCGUUCCAAUCUUUCGCUUGGCGUCCAGCGCACCUCCCACGCCCAAGCGUCUCUCGCGCUCGGACAGACAUCUCGAGCGCAUGACGAUGCGCGCUUCGACGUCUUUGCCUGAGCCGCUCGACGAAAUUCUGCCGGAAUACGAAGUACAUGUACCGACUCGUCGGAACGGCAACGUAACGCAGGAGAGGAUCCUGGACGAGAAGGUUCCAUGGGAGGACUAUGCAACAAGCGAAUCGCUGGAUGAGUUCGACACGGUCGGCAUCCCGCCUCUUACUUUGGUUACCAGGGCCACUGCCUCAAUAUAA